AUGUAUGGAGACACUGACUACGUAGAAUUACUGACAGACAAUGAGACCAAGGUGAAAGUCUACCUUCCGAAUAGAUUCAAGCGACUUUCGGACGAAGACCUGGAAGAGAUGAGACAGUUACCAAACCUCCAAAUGGAGAAGAAGGAGGGAUACCGCAAUGGCAAGAAGUUGGCGUAUUCAGACAUCAUUUUCACUAAUGGCAAGAAAAAAUUACAUGACGAAAUUUUGGAGUGGAUACAGCAGAUUGCACCUCUGGAAAUGAGCGAAGAGAACGAACGCCAGCACGCCGCCGCCACCCACUGUAACUUUUGUAAAGAGUCGUUUGCAAAGAAACAGAAAGUGCGCGACCAUGACCAUUUUUUCUCAAAUGAAGAACACUUUGGACUUGUCGUUCGCAAGGGGGUCUUUUGCUACAGCCAUAUCACCGACUUCGAUGUCUAUGAUGAGCCUUGUUUACCACCUCGUGAGAAAUUCUUCAAUACACUCAAUGGAGUGGAAGUAAGUGAAGAAGACUACAACCAUGCGCAGAAUGUCUUCGAAAAAUUCCAAAUGACAAGUCUUGGCGAAUAUUCAGAUUUGUACCUGCUCACUGACACGCUGCUUUUAGCAGACGUGUUUCAAAACUUUCGCAAAUGGACACUUGAUGUGCACAAAAUUGAGCCCCUGCAUUUCGUAUCUCUCCCAGGGUUAAGCAUGUCCUGCGCACUAAAAAUGAGUGAGAUACAACUAGAACUCAUUCACGACCCUGAUGCGUACCUGCUAAUUGAGAAUGGCUUGCGAGGAGGUGUAACACAAUGCUCUCUUCGAAAAGCGACCGCAAAUAUUCCGGGAACAGAGCAGUUUGAUCCAACACAACCGACAAGAAUAAUUAACUACAUUGACGUUAACGGUCUGUAUGGAUCAGUAAUGCGAGAGUCGCUACCCUAUGGAGGGUUUCAGUGGUUGACAAAGGAAGAAAUUGAGAACCUAGACGUAACUCGCAUUCCACAUGAUGCAUCUAUUGGUUACUUUCUCGAAGUGGAUCUGUUGUAUGAUCCAGAAAUUCAUGAUCGUCAUAGUGAUCUUGCAGUUGCACCAGAGAAAAUGUCCUUUCCCUACGACCUAUUGUCAGACUACCAGAAACAGUUGAUGGAAAAGUUUGGGCUUCCGUCGAAAGCUAUCGAGCCAAAGCUGCUGCUAACAUUGUUCAACAAAGAGAAGUACUUUCUUCACUAUCGCAAUUUGCAGUUGUACAUGCAAUUGGGGUUGCAAGUCACAAAGGUUCACAGAGUUCUAAAAUUCAACCAGAAACCUCUUCUUCGUGACUAUGUGGAUUUCAAUCACGAACUGCGAAAAAAUGCCACUAAUACAUUCGAACGUCAGAAGAGUAAGUAUAUGAUAAAUGCUGUUUUCGGGAGAUUUUGUAUGCAAGUGAGGAAAUUUGUAGACUGUCGCCUCACAGUGACGGACGAACAAGUUUUAAAACUCUUGCGUAAGCCAAACCUCAAACAGUUUCGAGCAUUAAGUGCUCAUGUAAUCCUGUUUCAGUUCUCCCAGGCAGUGCUUCAGAUGAAACAACCACUAUACUUGGGUUUCACAAUACUGGAACUCUCAAAGCUUAAGAUGUUUGACUUCUAUCACAAUCAUCUGAUGCGAGUAGCUCCCGAUACUAGACUGUUGUACAUGGACACAGAUUCCUAUAUAAUAUUGCUGAGCGAUGAAAAGUCACUGCUUGAACUAGCUGACGAUCACUUGGACAACUCAGCCUAUGAGCAAGACAAUCCUUUGUAUUCGACGAAAAACAAAAUGGUACUGGGCAAGUUUAAGAAUGAGAUGCCUCGUGAUCAUAUACUUGGUUUUUGUUGCUUAAAACCCAAGCUAUAUGCACUAGAUCUCUGUAGCAAGAAACAGUACAACCGUGCCAAAGGUGUAAAGCUGUGUGAAGCACGAAAACUUCACUUUUCCACGUACACAGAUGCUCUUGAACAUGGCACAAUACACAGGGUUAAACAGAACCUCAUCGUGCAGAAGGACAACGUAAACAAAAGCGUGACCGUGAGAAAAAUAGCUCUCAACCCUCUGGACACAAAGCGAUAUAUUUGCUCGGAUGGAGUAGAGACAUUACCUUUUGGUAUGACAGUGUUGUGA